GCCAUGCUCCCUGGUACAGUCUCCAAUCCAUCCUGGCCCGUGUUGUUCGCUCCGCUGCACGCAACGCAUCCAUCCUGGCAUGUCUCACGCUCGUGUCGCUCAUGUCUCACCCUCCCAUACACGGAUUCACAUCAUUUGACUUCGUUGACCUUUCUCUGUAGUCAACGCAGAUCCAUCGUCCAGCAGCAAUCCUGCGGCACCUCGUAGGUAGCUCGCGCGCGGCUCCCUGCACGACAUUGGCUUAGCUCGCGAGCUGACACGCGGGCCCCUGCUGUCAGUCAGAGCGGCGGGGUCACGGCCCGUGCGUGCGGCCGGGGGAAGGGCAAAGACCAGCGCAGAUUCCAUCGCCGCCCCGCUGUCCGGGCCGCUUGUCUGUUGUUAAUUACCUUCAGCCCAACCGACCGCACCUCCUCUUCCUCCAUUCCCGCUCGCUGCUUCCGGAGAGCUCGCGUCGCGUGGCGGGUGCGUGAUGCGGCGGUCAGAUACACCCGAAGUCAGAGGAUCCCGUUCCCCCAUACCCCGACCCUCCGCCCAGAACCUCGAUUCGAAGAUGCGACGCCUCUCCCACCCAGCCCCCCGUCUGCUCGGCAGCUCCGCAAGGGGCGCUCCCAGCGCUCUCUCCACGGACGCCCCAGCGAUGUUCGACGAAAUGCCUCCUCCGCUUCCCGCGUCACCAGCACUGCCUCGCCGCUCGCCGUUUUCCCAUGCCCACCAGGUGCUCGGCGGAACGCACGCCUUGGGGUUCUGCAGCGCGGCUCAGCGUUCUGCGGAUGACCAAACUGCCGCAGAGCCAACACGGUUCACAGUGGUACCGGGCGACACUGCCAUGGAUGGUCCGGGCACAGGUGCGGGUGUGGGCCUGUUGGAUGCUGCCAAGAGGGUGUGCCGCGUCGUGUCAACGCAGCCAGAACAUGGGAUUGUGUCAGCACUUGAUGCGCUCAGGGUGACCGUGUCACCAGAGCUUGUGGCCGAGGUGCUAAAAAACCUGAGCAACGCCGGCAUGCUAGCGCUUGCCUUCUUCAGGUGGGCAGAGAAGCAGGAGGGCUUCAGGUACACGGCUGAGAGCUUCCACAAUCUGAUCGAGGCACUUGGCAAGAUCAAGCAGUUCAGGCUGGUGUGGAGCUUGGUGUAGACCAUGCGGUGCCGGUGCUUGCUCACGAAGGACACGUUCAAGCUUAUUGUCUGGAGGUAUGCCCGGGCGAGGAAGGUCAAGGAGGCUGUGGAGACGUUCGAGAAGAUGAGUAAUUUUGGGUUCAAAACUGAGUUAUCGGAUUACAACUGGUUGAUUGACACAUUAAGCAAAUCCAAACAAGUGAAGAAGGGACACGCCAUCUACAAGGAGAUGAAGAGGAAGGGCAGGUUUGUUCCUGAUUUGAAGACCUACACAGUCCUCAUGGAAGGCUGGGGCCAUGAGAAAGAUCUGUUGAUGGUCAAAACAGUGUACCAAGAAAUGCUGGAUGCAGGCAUUAGGCCUGAUGUUGUGGCGUAUGGAAUGAUGAUCAAUGCCUUUUGCAAGUCUGGCAAAUGUGAUGAGGCUGUCAAGGUGUUCCACGAGAUGGAAGUAAGUGGUUGUAUGCCGAGCCCUCAUGUGUACUGCAUGCUUAUCAAUGGGCUUGGUUCCGAGGAGAGACUGGAUGAAGCUUUGAAGUACUUUGAGCUUUAUAAGGAAAGUGGGUUCCCCAUGGAGGUGCCUACAUGCAAUGCGGUUGUUGGAGCUUACUGCAGAGCCUCAAAGUUUCAGCAUGCUUUCAAGAUGGUUGACGAGAUGAGGAAGUUUAAAAUUGGACCCAAUUCACGGACUUAUGAUAUAAUUCUUCAUCAUCUUAUAAAAUCGCAGAAAUUCGAAGAGGCAUAUGAUGUAUUCCAGAGGAUGGGGUCGGAUGGCUGUGAACCUCAGCUCAAUACAUAUACAAUGAUGGUUGGCAUGUUCUGCAGUAAUGAAAGAGUUGAUAUGGCAUUAAAGGUGUGGAAGCAAAUGAAGGAGAAAGGUGUCCUCCCAUGUAUGCAUAUGUUUUCAGCAUUGAUCAACCGGUUAUGCUUUGAGAACAGGCUCGAAGAAGCUUGUAUAUAUUUCCAAGAGAUGUUGGACAAAACAAUAAGGCCACCUGGCCAGCUGUUUAGUAAUUUGAAGGAAGCUCUUGUUGAAGGAGGAAGAAUUAGUUUGGCUCAAGAGAUGGCUUUGAAGUUAGAUACGUUAAGGAAAUCCCCUUGGCGUGGUUGAGGAAUUCUUUUUGUUCUUAAAAUAUCUGAAGUGAUUGGAUCAUUUCACAGUUAUACACAAUAUUUGGGCAUGCAAUAUAUAUUUUGUAGCCCUAGCAAUUGGUGGAAGCAGUUUGAGUAUUCUGUACUUCAGAUGACUAAAACAAUCUCUAGCCAUCAGCUAAGUUGUAUUUUCUUUGAAAUGUGACAAUCAAUAUAAUAUCGUGAGUUUGUGAAGAAAA